AUGACCGUGCAAGUAUCCGAUCGGGAUGAGUUGUCAAAUCGAAGCGAUUCUGCUCUUGUCUCGAACAGACAAGAUUUUCACGAACGGGGUGCUAUGAGUAAGGCAGACACGGCCGACAUCGAAAUGAUGAAACUUGAGAACAAUGCUGGUAAAUCGAUGGGUGAUCAGUGCUUUUCCUCUCGACGUCAUUGCAAGAUGUCUUCUCUUCGGAUUUUCGGAGCCAUUUUUAAAACGAGCACGUUGAACGAGCACGAAAUUGGCGACGAGAAUAGCCAUCACCGAAGUUCUGUCAGUAUGAAUGGCAAUUUCCUUUUCUUCCUUCGUUUUCAAGUUUAUUUGGUGCCUGAGCACUAA